AUGUUUGCUCAGAUUUUUAGAAGGCUUCGCAUCAAUGGCGGCACGAGCGCCUGCACCAGGGUGGUGGUUCUCUUCCCCGAGCCUCUGCCUCACUACACAACUAGAGCAGCAGCCGUCCCAGAACACCAGAAAAACCGUUUCUUGGAAGAAUACCUCGUAAACUCACUUGGCUUCUCAAAAGAAGAAGCUUUUUCCGCUUCAAAAAAGGUAUCUCUUAAACCCUUCAGAAAAGACCCUAGUUUAGUCAUUCAUUUCUUGGUUAAGCAGGGUUUUAGCAAAUCCCAGAUCAAAAGCAUUGUUUCCGUACUUCCCGGGUUACUCUAUUAUCAGCCGGACAAAACACUUGAACCCAAGCUCCAGUUUUUCCGGGAUCUUGGUUUAUCCGGGUCGGAAAUUGUCAGGCUUUUUAUGUUUCAAAAACAUCUUUUCAAGUCAGGGUUGGAUUUUUUCAGAACCCGACUUGCUUAUGUUAGGAUUUUGUUAGGCGCCGAUGAGAAGAAAGUAGCCAGAGCUGUGAAGAGAUGUUCUUCGCUGCUUCGUUAUGAUGCAUCUGAAAAAGUGGCUGCGGCUGCUGCUUUGUUGAAGAAUUAUGGCUUUUCGGGUAAGAAUGUUGCUAACUUUGUUCUUAGGAUUCCUAGGCGCAUUUUUAUACUAGAACCUGAAAAUUUUGAGGAAAUGUCGCGCGCGGUGGAAAAUGAUUUUGGGAUUCCUCGUGGAUCGCCCAUGUUUUACUACGGCUUUGAAGUCGUUAGUACGAUUGCCAAGUCCACCAUUGACAGGAAAUUUGACAUUUUAAGAAGUUUUGGCUGGUCUGAUGCUGAUGUACGAACAAUUGUUGGCAAGCAUCCUCUUUGUUUACGGUUGCCAGAGUCUAAAAUUAGGGAAGCUUUGAAUUUUUUCAUGAAGGAACUGGGAUAUACCUCUAAUUACUUGGCUUACCGCCCUGCGUUAAGGGGGUGCUUGGUUCAUGUUCCGGAAUUGGAAUUGGAUACGGAAUGA